UGGAGGGGAGCAUGAAGUGUCCAUACCCUGGUGUGUACUGUACCGUACACUCCGAAAAUAAACAGUAAAAUUAUUAAACAAUAGAUAAAUAAAUGUAAAUUGUUUAUAAAUAAUAAUAAAAAUGGCGGCUUCAAGAGAUUUAAAUCUUGCUAGAAAAAAUCUUACAAAUUCUCUCGGUGACAAUGCCAAAGUAUAUUUUGAAAAAAUGAAAUUAUGGUUUCAAAUGAAGAGUUCCAAAGAAGAAUUUGAUUGUGAAGCCAGAAAUAUUAUGACAGAUGAACAGAUUCAUUUACAUAAUGAAUUUCUUCUGUGUUUAUUUAAUAAAGUACGAGGGCUUGCUACUGCAACACCUCUAAGGCCGAUGAAAGCUAAUAAUACCCAUGUUCAUACAGACAAAGACAAAAUAUUAAAAGAAAAACGAUUAAAAUUAAAGAGAAAAUAUAAAACUGACAGAUCUAAUUUCGAACCCGCAGAUAUGUACGUCGAUGUGUUGAGUCAAAUGUCAUCUCCAGUAGGUGAUGAACCCAUUGGUGCUAACAGAUCUAGUGCCCAAGAAUUAUUGUUACCUGAUAGAACAUUUGUAUUAGCAAGAUUAAUGUUAGCUGCUUGGGAAAACAAUAUGGAUAGUGCUGAUGAAAAUACCGCUCAUAUAAUAAUUGCUGCGACACAAAUAUUUCUUAAAAAUAUUAUUACAGCUGUACUUACAAAAAGAAAAGGAUUUGCUGUUCAUCAGAAAAGUUUUAUUUAUAAUAUAGGAGAACCAGUACCGAGUUCAUGGAAAAGAAAUACAAUGUUUAUACCUCGUGGUAUUCAUUUUAGUAAGACAACGGACAUAAUUGAACCCGAUGGACAAGUACCAGCAGUAAAGCAGACAGUCGAUGAAAUGGAACAAGCAACCGCUUUUGCUAUGGCUUGUUCAACACCAGUAUUAUCACCAGCUUUACCUCCCGUCAGUGUUAACGAUUUAUUGCAAACACUAAAGAUUUAUAAAAAUUUGGUUAAUAAUCAUACAGUAUAUGCAACUAAUAUGGAACGAUUAUUCACGUAUCCUACACAUCCAACUUGGGAGGAUUUAGAGAUUAAAAAGUUCAUGUGUUAAACUAAAUUUGUGAUUACAUAUUAUUUUAAAUUAAAUGUAUCAAUUGCUGUAUAUACUUAUUAUGAUACACGAAAUUAUUUGAAAUUAAUUUUAGAUAAUUCGUUAUUGCAUUUCAUUAAGUUCUUUAAUGUUCAAGAAUAAUACGAGCAAAAACAAGUAUAUUGUGAGACAAGGGAUAAAACAUAACGAUUUCAGACCAGGGUGAAGUUGACUGUCUGUGCUGUAGGCGAGAUUAACCUUUCGUCCAUCGCACUAUGAGUGCAACGCGGGAAUUUUUAUUUUAAAAGAUUAUUUAAAAAGAAAAUAAAUUUCCGUCUUUUUAAAUUUUAUGAGUUCUUCUACUAUAUUUUUUUAGUAUCGAACGUACGAAUGAUGGUGGAUUCGACAUCAAAUUCAAUUAUUACUACAGUAAUAAAAAUUAACAAGACUGAAAAAUUGUUAUAUAAAUUAUAUAAAGUAGAAUCUGUUUAUUUAUACAAUUACAUUCGAAUCUGGAAUUUUCCAGCUUUAGUAAUAUACUUAACGCCUUUAAAUGGUUUAUAUUUUUCACCAUACAUGUCCAAACCGCUUACUUUCAAACCAGAAACGGCUAAUUGAUUUAUUGUGAAAUGAACCUGGAAAGAAAUUAUUUUUAAUUUCUUUUUAUUUGAUAUUUUUAAAUAAAAAAAAAAAGUUUAUACUUAAAAACUCACAUUAAUCGCAGGAUUUGAUUCAGAAAAUGAUGCUCCAUUUUGUAUGGUAAUUGACCCACGUAAAUUUGGUAGUUUCGAAACAUCUAUGCGUCCAAUAUCCCAAAAUAAUACUUUGCUAACAGGAUCAAAUGAAUACUUGCCUUGAUUUGGUACUAAAGUACAAUUCAAAACAAUUUUCGGCAUCGGUAUUUCGAGUGUAACAUUUUCGACCUCAAUAAAAAAUAAAAAACAAGUAAAGUAUAAAAAUUUUAUGUUAAAAUAAAAAAUAAAACUUGUAAAUUUAACACUCACUGUUCGACCAACAGUUUGUUUUGGUCCAACUGUUAUAUCCAAUCUACCACCGCCUGGUUCUUUUAGACUGAUAUUAUGUCUUACGUAAAUCGGAAUUGCUACAAUACUUUGUGAUCCAAUAUGAUAUGAAAGUAAUCGGAAAUUACCGUCAGGCGGAAUGAAUGAGAGUAUACGCUCUGACUAUAAAUUAUUUUACAAUUAAUUAUAUUGGGUAUAGUUUUUUUUUAUUAUAAAUAAAUAAAUUAAU